AGAUAAGGUCAAGACACUUCAGCUUGAAAUCCACUGCUUUCCUAAGGAUCAUCUAUAACCUCUCAAAAGAUGGGAAUUAAAACGUUUCAGGCAAUGCUAGGUGAGACCAGAUUAUGGAAGUGAGAAGUCAGAUUAUGUUGAGUCAGAUGGCACCUUGCUUUGAAACAUUGUCAGAUGACAUCGUGGUAAUUGACAAAUCGGAAAGUGAACAAAUAUAGUCCAAGUGGGCAGUAUUGUCAACUUGGAUCAUCUUUGUUUGAUUAUGGUGACGAUCUGAUCUGUCAGUUUUUAUUAUAGUGUCAAAAGUUUGGUGCAGAUGAAGGUACAUAUAAAAUAUUGCAUCGUUAUGAAAUAAAAAUCAGAAUUGCUCACAGUGUCCAUAAUAUCUACCAUGGCUUUCAUAAAAAAAUAUUCAUAAAUACCUAAGACAGUUUACCCUAUUGGUUGAGAGCCUGUCACGUGGGUGGUUUUAAACAUCGGCUGGUUUUAAACACUUUAUUCCUGCACCGCUGCGUUCUGCGCCACAUCCUGCAGUAUGCCGCACGUGCCCCAGUGUCCAUAAGUGAAGACUGUUAGCGCAGCGCGUUUGAGGCACAUACCAUAGAAAUGGCCAGAAUUGCAUACAAAAUUAAAAUGACAAACAAAAUAGGGUGUAAUGUAAUGAAAGUGUUAAUUUGAAUAUUGAUCAGCCAAAAAAUAUUUAUUUUUUUGCAGUUGAGUGUUUGAAAUAUGUGGGCGGCAAUCAGGGAUGAAUAAAAUUGAUAAGUUCUCAAACUGAACCAAAUAUGAAGUUACUUGUAGUUCUCAAAUUUCUGCAGCCCAAUGUCAAAUGAUGAGGCUUAGGAAUAAAGCCCACUGAUUCUGGUCACAAUUAAUAAAACAAGCCUUAAUGAUCAAGAUCAAUAAGUUGUUUGUGGUUACAGUUGAAUUGUGUCACUCAACAGAACAAUGACUUGUGAUACUGUUGUAAGUGGAGCUGACUCCAAAGAACCUUAUAAUCACAUUUGGAAGAAGAUUUUAUUGUUUGCUACAUUAAUAUUGCUGGCUUCACUAUUCACUGCUUGGCACACAAUUUCCAGACAUCUUGUAGUUUUGAGGUGUCAGGCCUCAAGACAGUAAGAUGCUUGAGGUUUUUUAGGGAUUUGCAGGAUUACAGAAGGUGGUGCCCAGCUACUAAAUAUUACUUAAUAUGGGACUUGAUGCUCAUAGAAAGCAAACACUGUUACACAACACAACCUUGAAUCAUAUCACAUGCUUGUACAUUUCAUUACAUGACUUAGUAUGGUGCAGUUAAUUGACAGGCAAACCCCAACGCCUGACCCAGAUAGCCUAAGACUUACGUUUGCAAAACAUCUGUAGUUUUAAGCUACAUGUAGCAAGCCAUGCAUUGAUAACCUGAUGCAUGCUGCCGGGCAUAACGGUCUGUCCAUGGCUGAUACAAUGCAUUGUCCAAGAUGCUGUACUCCUGCUGAUAACUGAUCCAUUGUAUAAUUUGCAGAAAUUGUGUAUCAGAUAGGAAAUCAAAAUGGGUUAUAUUUAAUUUGACUGAUUAGUCAAAUUAGUCCUUCCGCCAUUCAAAACCACCUUGCCUGUUACUCCCUGUACUGCUCAAACUGCCCUCUAUCAUGUCUAUGGUUUUAUUGAUUUUUCUGUGAAUAAAUACAAUUUAACAAUGCAUUACAGACCUUAGGUUAAAAGAGACAAAUCCAGAGAGAAUCUUACAGGAUACAAGGAUAUCGUGUAAUAGUUGCGCAGUCAUCAACCUUAAUGGUUUGGCAUUAAUCACAUUCAUCUUGAGCACUAGUAAAGCAGGCAGUCAACUUGUUUGACAUCUUUUGGCAAUGCGUUAACAGUGCAGUAGUGGUUUCCACAAAACGAACAUGUAACCACUGCAUCUGAGCUAUACAAGAUUCUAUUAGCAGAAUUGCAGUGUUCAUCACAGUGAACCUAUAAGCAAGACCAUACAAAUGAAUGGGCAUCUGGUGAGGAAUCAUCUCAGGAAAGUCCAGCCAAAUUUCAAAGGCCACGACAAUGGUUGCUCGUAGCUCGUCAGAAAAAGGGACAUCAAAGGAACACUCACUCUGGUUCAAGACCGAGUAAGUUAGCUUUUGUACUUAAGAAGAACCUACUCAGAAGAGGACAUUCUCACAUGCAGCAUCCCUGGAGGAAGAAGAGAAAACUGUCAAGAAUUAGGGCAAAUUCCUACAGGAAUAAUGAGGAAGACCAAAGGGCUCAAGUAAGAAGAUCAGCAUCCUCCAGACACGGUCAUGGAUUACAAGAACAACGGGCUAUUCUUCAGACUUCAGAUAAUGUGACUGCAACAUUGAUCCUGUCAGAAACUCCUACCGGUAGUGCUGCGUCCAGUGUGACCACAUUGCCUGCUUCACAACAUGGGAGCUUGGCUGCUGCUAGAGUUCCUGGGGGUUUGAUUGUGAGCCAUGCCCCAAGACAUGCAAGGAGACCAGAGUUUAGGCCAACUCAAGACACUGUGUCAUAUCCCACUGGAGAUCGUACAGAGUCUGUCCAGAUAAGAACGUCAGCUGAUGAAGCCAGUCUCUCAGUGGAUAACUCUAAGGCACAACCCUGCAUUGCUCAUACCACACCAGACGGGCAUCAGCCACCGGACAAGAAUGUACUUAGCCCUUCACCUACUAAGCAACAACAAACUCAAGUAUCUCUGUCUACCAUGGAAUCAGCACACCCCGAUUCCAGUCAUGUACUCCCAACACAAGUCAACUAUCAACAUGCAUCUAAAAAUGCACUGAAAGGCUCCCUCAAAAGGAAGCAACCGAAGUCAAAGAGCAGUGCAGGAGGCACACCCAAACGAUUGUUAGGCAGCAGCAUUGCAUUUCCGCACAGGAAAAUGUACCAAAGAAAAGUGCCUAUGAACUCAGGGGGCCAGAUGAGACAGGCCAAUCCCCAGUGGAAUGUGUCCUUGCCUGUUGCCACAAUGAAUACUGCUGGUGCACAGUAUAGCAGGCCAGUUUUUCCUGACAUGGUUGAGGAACAUGAGGCUCGUGAAAUAAACCCGCUAUUUGAUGGUGCUACGUCACAGGACCUGAAAGAUAAUCAGGAUCAGCAUCCGCUUGGACAAUUUCCACAAUCAGUUUCAGAGGACAGAAUUCAGCCUGACAGAGUCAGCAAUACUAGUCAGUAUCCUGUUCCCAAAUUAGAAGCAUCAUCUCCGUCUCAACCUAUCUCAGCAGAAGCCCAGCCAGGAUGCAGCACUCAACCACGGGAAUCAUACCCUCCAGUCAGUCAACACAGUCUGGUGCCCACCUCUCUUGCUAUGGCUGCUGCAGGGCCGACAAUGGACACAUCGUCACCAGGUAGUGUCGAGGCCUCUACCAUGAACAACGUCUAUUGGAGUUGCAUGUCCGAUGAACCUGCUGGGGUAGGAAUGACAGAUCCUGGAAGCUUUGCUGUCAACGCUGGUGGCGGUAUACCUGUUGCUUCUGAUAUCGACUUCUUAACAGCUGAGGAUAUGACAUGUAAUGGUGUUAAUAUUGGAAACCAAAAACUUCGCCUUGCUCAUGGUUACGAUGUCUUCAUCAGUCGUCUUGAUCUAUGGGAAGCAGAGAAAGCCUCCAAGAAAGGCUGGACUAUCCUCAUCAGACGGCUUCUGGACAUCUAUUUUGAUCGGAUGACGCUAGCCAUGGGUAAACCAACGCAUCAUGGAAACAGUAUGGAGUAUCAACCGCUGGACCAGAGUAUCAUUGGGGCAAUAAGAGCCUUCAUCAAAGCCCGCUACAACAUAGAGAAGCGUAAACUGAUUCAAGCCAUCAGUAUUUACUGCAGUGAUUGUCGGAAAUCAGGCAUCCCGGGCAGCAUGAUAGAAAAUCCCAAAGCUAUGAUUUUUCCAGAAAUGCAGUAAUGUAAAACAUUUAACCAAUCAAUGUUGUACAUGCGUUAUUGCGGCACCUAGUUUGGACACUUAAUUUUUUAGCAAACGAAAUACUUGCAUCUUAAACACGUUAAAUUAAAUUUUUAUAGAUGUGAUGUUUAUACAUUAAACCAAAAAUAACCAAAAUCCGGUGAAAAAUGGUAAAAUACUAAGAGAGACCAAUUAAAAUUGGUGCAAUUGAUUUACACGAUCUCCUGCCAAUUUUAUUUUACCGUGAAUCAACCAUGCCUGUCAAUCUUUUCAAGGCGUGUCCUGUUACGGGUAAGUUCGAAACCAGAUACCUGUUGCUGUAUGAAGUACAU